GUGGGGAUGGAUGUGGGAAUGUUGGAGAUUCCGGCGGAUUUGUCGGCCAGACUCCGAAGCGCAGCAGGACGGCCACAGGGAUCAGGGGUCAUCGAGGUAGCCCCUCCACAGGUGAAGGCCGAUCACAGGCUCUCCUUGCCUCGAGACAUUGACAACUUUCCUUUCUCCCGCUACGCAAGGACAGCGUUAAGGGAUGGGUGGGACCAGCCUGAAGGCUAUUCUCUUCAGAGGCCGCUCACCUCUCUGGACCCAGAGGAUGUUCGCACAGCACUGGAGAUAUACAAACUGAUCCUGCGUUUCUGUGAGGACACGGAGCUGACGGCCUGGCAGGAGCAGAUGCUGGGGAACUACAUCGUGGAGAAAGCGUUCUCUCGGCCUUCCCUGCGCGACGAGAUUUUGGCCCAGCUGGUGUUCCACACGUGGAGUCGCGACAGUGAGGAGGGGGCUCUGCGGGGGUGGCUUCUCCUUGCCUGCUGUCUGAGCUCCUUCACGCCGUCCCCCGACCUGGACAAACCUCUCCUCAAGUAUGUGUCAGAUCGAGGCCCUGGGGAGUAUCGUUCCCUCUGCCAGCACAAACUGCUUACUGCACUCCAGCACCCCUCCUUCACCAGACGACUGCACCCACCCACCCAGCUGGAGUGGACAGCCAAUCAGAGGAAAGGAAAGAUGGUGGUGGAUGUUAACACCUUUAAUGAUGAGAGGAUGACUGCCGAGGUGGAGUCCUGGACCACAGGUGAAGAGCUGGCCGGUUGGUUUCUCAGUUUCAGGGGUCUACACGACAGUCCCAGAGGCUGGUCAGUGUCCCUGUUGGCGGGGGAAGGAUGGACAGAUCUUCCUGGUUCUGAUUAUGUCAUGGACCUGCUGGCUGGAGUGGAGGCUGAUGUCCCACUGGGUCACCCCCCCGCCCAGCCGGAUUACCUGUUCAGCGCCUAUGGAGACAGUAUGGUGACCACCGAUUUGGACGAUUUCAUCCCUCCCGCCCCAUCCAUGCAGGCUCCAGGACUGCCCAUGUCUGAGACCGCGCCUUGGAACAAUUACGGGUCACAGAGUCGGCAGAUGGACGCAUAUGUCGAUGACAUCUUUGACCCCGUGCUGGACCAGGGCCUCCCGGACUUUGAUCGAAUGUCAGCGCUCAAUCGCAGAAUGAGGGGAGGAGGCGGAAUGUACGCUGGAACAGGGAUGCCCAUGACGAUGCCAGGAUACACUAUGGGUAUGCCAAUGAGCCCUACCAUGCCCCAGAUGAUGCCAAAUAUGAUGCCAGCUGCUGCCCCAAUGCCAAUGAUGCAGCCAAUGCCAGCCAUGAUGAUGCCAGCUGCCAUACGCCAGCCCUCUGUGUCCACUUCCUCAUCAGUCAUCUCUCCGGAGACCAUAGAGGCCACAGAGCAAGCUUUCAUCAAACAGCAAGCCCUGCUCAUGGCUCAGCAGAUGACACUCCAGGCCAUGACGCUCUCACAGGAGCAACUUCAGAAACAGCAGCGGCAGCCUGCUCCUGCUCUUGUUCCUGCUCUUGCUCCUGUUCCUGCUCCUGCCCCUGCUCCUGCUCCUGCUCCUGCUCCUGCAUUCACCAGACCCCAACCACAAACCCAACGUGACACCACUCCAGUGCUGUCUACUCCAACUGUCCAAACACCACCACGUCCAACACUGCUCCAAACGCCUGAGCUGGACCAGAGUUUGGAUAAUACCACAACAGAGCAGCCAGAGACCUUCCAAGAGAAGAGACAGUUUUUCCAGCAGAUGGGUUUAUCACAGUCCCGUCCAAAACAAGUCACCCCUAAAGCAGCGAAACCCCUGAUCUACAGCGUCCCACCUGAUCUGCCCAGGUCUCCCCCUCCUGUGAUGGCAGAAGCGCCAGUCUCACCGGCACCAGAAUCCCGCCCUGAGAGGGUAGAACCACCCACACCCAGGGUACCUCCCAAACCCGCUGCCCCCAAACCAGAACCCACCAGCAACAUCCGGGAGAUCAUCAAGCAGUACCAGAGCCGCCCUCCUCCAGAACCUAAGGAAUUUGAGCCAGUGAAGGUUCCUACCAUAGCUUUUGUGAAGAAAUCUGACCCUAAAGAAGAGGCUCUGGCCAUUCUCAGAAACAACGGCCCUGUCCCUCAUCAGGAGAGACGGUGGUCACCUCCUUCCACCCACCCCGAGAGGGAGCGGACGCCUCCCGGGCCUCGCUCCAUCUCCAACAGCAUGAGGCAGAAACAGCAGUCCCUCGCUGAUCUUUUUGGCUCUCAGCGCUCCAGAAAGACCCCCUCACCGCUUCUGCUUCCACCGCCACCUCCUCUCGAACCUGCCCCCACCUCCCCCACCUCCUCAGUCCCAGACUCGCCUCCCGCCAUCCCGGACCCACCCUUAAUGCCCGCCCCGCAGCUCUAUCAGCGACGACUUUCGGAUGACGAUACAGUUCGAUCUCAGAUGCAUAAGUUCUCCGCUAGCGUUUAUUUCUCUUACUCCACCAUGCCUGGAAAGCUCUUUUUACGCAAAGAGAUAUUCUACCCCAGAGAGAAAUUCACCCAUCCAUACAUCCUUAACCUGCUGUGUGAACAGAUUAUGAGAGACACCUUCUCUGACACCUGCGUGCGUAUAACACGGGAGGAACGCCGCAAGAUGAAAGACCUGCUGGCGAGCUUCCACAUUGGCACCAGUAUCAGCUCAGUGCAGGAUGAUGCUAUGAAGAAGAGAGUUGUUAUAGCUGCGAGAGACAACUGGGCAAACUACUUCACACGUCUCUUCCCCAUUAAGGGCGGGUCCAUAGGAGACGCUCAGAUUCUCGGUGUAUCUCAUCGUGGGAUCAGGCUGCUGAGGGUUGCCAUGGCAUCAGGCAUCAACCCCAAACACCUCAAACUUCUCUGCAGCUACAGCUAUGCUGAGCUGUUAUCUGUGGAUCUGCAGGGUGCCGGGACAGUCAUAAUCACUCUGAAGAAUGAACAGUUAGAAAUCCAUUCCCCCCGAGCCCCUCAGAUUGCCGCUCUAAUCCAGCUGUUUCUCAAAGAACUGACCAAGGACUCUGGAUAUGUGAUUGCACUGAAGACCUUUCUGACAGAUGACAAAAGCCUGCUCAGCUUCCACCGGGGUGACGUCAUCAAACUCCUCCCCAUGGACGGCCUGCAGAACGGUUGGGGCUCCGGUUCCACAGGGGGGCGCUGUGGUCUCUUCCCCCUGGACUCCACCCAGCCCUGUGCCGCCCCUGAUUAUCACGGCGCCCUGCUGGAGCGGCAGGAUGAGCGGCGGAAAAGCGUGCGCGCGCCCAGGGCCUCCUCUGGCCCCCCCGUUGCCCAGCCCAGCAGGGCCAGUACGAGAGGCGGUCCCUCAAGAGCCAGUGUGGAGACGAGGUCCACACAGGGCUCCGUUCAGGGGUCAGAAUCAGGCCUGUAUCCCAUGACGGAGUUCGCCAGGAAGUACUUCAGAGAGGCCAUGGGCAGUGCUGAAAAACUAAGUCACAAAGAUUUCAUCAACCGCAUGAUGGACUUCACUAAGGAUCCCAUUCAGGAGUCUCUCAUCAUGUUUUCAGACCCUGAGCUGAAUGAUUUGGCCGUGCAGUGUUUCAAGAAGGUGAUGCAGUUUAUGUUGGACAUGCCUGUGAAGAAGAGUCAGUCUGAGGAACAGCAUCUGAACUUCAUUCUGCAGCUUGGAAAAGAGAAGGAGUUGCUAAGAGACGAGAUAUACUGCCAAGUCAUCAAACAAAUCACCCGCCACCCCUCCAGGGAGAACUGUACCCGUGGAUGGCGUUUGCUGAGCUUGGCGACUGGAUUCUUUCCCUGCUCCGAUAUCCUGAGACCCUAUGUGCGCCGUCACCUGCAGGACUGCAGCCAGGAUUCUAGAAACCCCUGGCAGGAAAUCUCCCGUAUAUGUGAGCAGAACCUCAGACGCUCUCUGAGCUUUGGUGGUCGCAGACACAUUCCCUCUCAAACAGAGAUGCAAGCCAUUCUGGCUGGCAGGAGCUCUCGUCAUAUUGGCAUCACUUUGCCCGGUGGCACAGAGCUGCCCUGCAAGAUCCGAAACUUCACCGUGGCGACAGAGCUGGUGGCGGACAUUUGCUCAGAGAUGGGUGUGGUCAACCCUGCUGAGGUCAAAGAGUACUGCCUUCAUGCCAUGCGUGGUCAGGAAGUACGACCGGUUCAUCCCGACGAGUAUGUGUUGGACUUCCUGCUUGAUGACGGCUCCAUCUCUCUCUCCCUUUCUCGAAUCACCUGGCAAUAUUCUCCACAGUUUGAAAAUGAACUCUUCAUUGAGUUCCACUAUCAGCAGGUCUUGGCUGAUUAUUUAGAAGGAAAGUUCCCCAUCCAACACAGCGACAGUUCCUCUGGUCAACAGCAGAUGGCAGAGUUGGCCGCACUUCAGCACUUUGCCUUGGGUCACACCCAUCAGCCCACACCGGCGGAGUUGAGGGAGUACUUACCUCAGAUGGAUAAACCCAUCCCGACUGAACACAUGCUUAUCGAAUCGCCCCCGCUCAGACCCCGCAAUGCCAAAAUACGCUUCCUCCAGAUCAUGUUUUCUCAGCCUUUAUUUGGCUCCAAAGUGUUCUUAGCGCAGAAGUCCACUGUGCGUGCUAGCCCGUCUCCCUGCCUGGUCUCGGUCAACUUUGAGGGCAUCAACUUUGUCAACCCCAAAACAAUGGCUGUCGCCGCGUCAAUCCGCUUGGAAGAUAUUAUAUCCCUGCGUUCGCUCCGUCCCAAAAAGGGGAAAUUGCCUGGGAUGGAGAUCACCUUCGGUUUUGCUGCCCGUCCGAAGACUGCAGUAAUAACUCUCAAACAGGCGAAGGAGUUAUGCCACAUCAUUGCUAUAAUGAUGGAGGAGAUGAUGAAAGCGUCAGUGUCCAGUCGGACAGGGACUCCUAUUUAACUACAAAAAUACCUUUACUAUGCUUGUUUCAACUUCAUCUGAC